AAUUCAUUAAGCACAGAAUCAAAAUCACCCCUUAAUUGAUUUUCUUUCUCUUUUUAAUCUUCCCUUCUUUGUCUAUAUAACAAUCAUUUGUUCUUCCUUUUUCACACAACCCACAAAACGCUUUUUCAUUACUCUUUUUUUUUCUGCCCUGUUUUUCCUAUGCAUAAUCAACCCCAAAUGGCUCCCAAUUUGACCAAAGUUAGCCCCGGUGUCAAUGGCCUUGUAGAGGGUAGCUACGGGCAGUCUCCCAUCACGAUUGAAGAAUCGAAUUUCUUGGCUAAUGGUCAUGUUUUUCUCUCUGAUGUCCCUGACAAUGUUACUUUGACUCCAUCGCCUUACCCCUGUUCAUCCGCCGCCGCCGACAAAGCAAUGUCCACAGGCGGUGCUUUUGUCGGGUUUGAUGUGCCUGAGUUCAGAAGUCGUCAUGUCGUUCCAAUUGGGAAACUCAAGAACCUGCGGUUCAUGAGUAUUUUUCGGUUCAAGGUCUGGUGGACUACCCACUGGGUUGGUUCUAACGGUGGAGACCUCGAGCACGAGACCCAGAUGGUCAUUCUGGAGAAAUCCGACGCCGGCCGGCCGUAUGUCCUCCUCCUUCCUCUUCUUGAAGGCCCCUUCCGGGCCUCUCUGCAGCCGGGUCGUGACGACAACGUGGAUAUCUGUGUGGAAAGUGACUCUACCAAGGUCACCGCGUCCGGAUUCCGGAGUGUCCUGUAUAUGCAUGUCGGUGAAGACCCCUUCACUCUGGUGAAGGACGCCAUGAAGGUGAUUCGGGCCCAUCUAGGUACAUUCCAGCUUCUGGAUGAAAAAACCCCGCCCGGAAUCGUGGACAAAUUUGGUUGGUGCACGUGGGACGCAUUUUACCUUACAGUACACCCUGACGGAGUUCUUGAGGGCGUCAAAAACCUCGUCGACGGCGGCUGCCCACCCGGACUGGUGUUAAUCGAUGAUGGGUGGCAGUCAAUUGGCCACGACGAGGACCCAAUCACCAAAGAAGGCAUGAAUUGCACGGUCGCCGGCGAGCAGAUGCCAUGCAGGCUCCUGAAAUUCCAAGAGAAUUACAAAUUCCGGAACUACGUCAGCCCGAGGUCCACUAAUAAGGGCAUGGGUGCCUUUAUCAAGGACCUUAAGGACCAAUUCAAGACCGUCGACUACGUUUACGUCUGGCAUGCUCUGUGCGGCUACUGGGGGGGCCUGAGACCCAACGUUCCCGGAUUACCCGAAACCAAGAUCGUGAAACCCAAACUUUCUCCCGGACUCCAAAUGACCAUGGAGGAUCUCGCCGUCGACAAGAUUGUCAGCACCGGGAUCGGCCUUGUCCCGCCGGAGUCCGUCCACCAGAUGUACGAAGGACUCCACUCCCACUUGGAGACCGUUGGAAUCGAUGGUGUCAAAGUAGACGUUAUCCACUUGUUAGAAAUGCUAUGCGAGAAUUACGGUGGAAGAGUGGAUUUAGCAAAAGCAUAUUUCAAAGCUUUAACGGCUUCCGUUAGGAAACACUUUAACGGCAACGGCGUCAUCGCCAGCAUGGAGCACUGUAACGAUUUCAUGUUCCUCGGGACGGAAGCAAUUUGCCUCGGUCGUGUUGGCGUCCAAGUGUUCGCUCUCUACUUCUCCGAGGCGAAGAAGCUUGUCCUCUCAAAACCAACCGACAACGUCGAAAUCGCACUGGAGCCCUUCAAUUUCGAGCUCAUUACAGUUUCCCCAGUGACAAUCCUGCCCGGAAAAUCCAUCCAGUUUGCACCCAUCGGCCUGGUGAACAUGCUCAACUGCGGUGGCACCAUUCAAUCAGUGGCCUAUGAUGGGUCACAGAGUUGGGUCCGGAUCGGAGUGAAGGGAACCGGCGAAAUGAAGAUGUAUGCAUCAGAGAAACCGAGAGCUUGCAAGGUUGAUGGGAACGACGUCGCAUUUAACUACGAAGGACUAGUAGUUGUUGUUCACUUGCCAUGGUCUAGUCAGUCUGGACUAUCCACAGUAGAGUACUUGUUUUAAGCUACAGAAGAUUGAUUAGCCCCUUUUUUUUGUUGGGCUUUUAGAACUUAGAAGAAUGUUGGAAUAUUAAGGUAAUAAUUAAGGAUUUUAAGUUUAAACUAUAAUAAAAAAUAAUUAUCAUUACCAUUAUUUUCUCUCGUGAAAUUUUCUCAAAAUUGUAUAUUUUUGAGUUUCAUAGGAAUUUCCUCAGCUCCACCAUGCUUUCAAAGUCUAAAGCCCUCUAUUUUACCACUCUUUGUACUGGUGAACAAAUGAAUUAGUGAUAAUUUU